UAAAUUAACACAAUUAAUCAACUGUGAACUUGAGCCUAUAUUAAAAUUUAAAAGGAGCAAAUAUUACUCUAAUAUGGACCAGGUGGAGUAUAGAUUAAAAACUGAUUUUUCUAGCAAAGCGGGUGUAAAUCUUCUCCUGAGUAUAUCAGCUUUAUAUGCCUCAGAUGAUGAAGAAAAUUGCAAAGUAUAUUUUUGUGUAUGUCUAAAAGAAUCCUCCUUGUUCUUAUUUAACGUUGACACUGUCACCUUCGCAAUAGUUAAAACUAUACACUUAGACCGCUAUCUAAUCAUUGUCCUUGACGAAAACCCAACCCAAAAAUCCUUCAACAUCAAUGGAGAGGAAAAUCUUGAGUUUUCUCUUCAGUUAGAUGACGAAGUACACCACUGGGCAGCUACUGAGUAUAGGGCCAAGUUAAAUUUUAUAAAAGGCUUUGUAAUGAAUAGCAACAUUUACUUGAAAGUUCCUGUUUCUUUAGCCCAUUCUGAAUAUAAAACUCUAAAGGAGAGAAGUGAAGCGCUGGGUUCAGGAGCUGAGCCUGAAACUUAUGAGGAGCUCUCUGCUCAAGAGGGUACCGAUGCAGAAUUCACCAUUGGCUCUGACGCUACUAUUUUUGAAAAUUAUGAGCUGUCCUCCUCAAAUCUUAAACUCAACAGAGAUACUUUGGAGUUGGAAGUUGUUGAAAUCCUGCUGCAAUCAGAAUCUCAAACUUCGUUGAUGAACCAAUAUUUUGACGAUCUUUUAUUCCAAAUUGACCGUUUAGAUUUACAAUUGAAAUUAUAUAACAGUUAUCUCAAGGACGCCCGAAGAGAUAUACAAAAGCUGUCUAAGCGCGAUAUUCUUAGUGAAAUCCAAACUAGGAACUAUAAGAGUUUACACUUAGAACUCUCCAAUCUUGUUGAUGCCCUCAAUCCCAACGAAAUCCAGCAGAAGUACGCACUUCUAGCGGAGGGGCACAGCGCUCUUGACAACGAGCAGGGUAGCUUGCAGUGCCUGGAGGCCAUACGUAAGCUGUCAGCGGCUGUCCGUUUGUCCCUUCAGUCAGGGAUGGGAAACAUUCAGGUCGUGGAAGACAGCAUAAAAAAACUUCGCGAAAAGGAAAUGGCUUUUCUCGAUCUUUUCAAACAGAAAAUAGUGGGACUAGUGGAUAAGAUGGAGCAAACAGCCUCCGGAAAAGUAGAACAUUACACUCUUCCCGUCCACGAAAACUCCUACAAUUUACUGCUUCCCUUUUCUGAUUUUUUUUCCAUGUGGCUUAGAGAGUCCCACGAAAAAACUUAUUACUGGCUAAUAAAAUAUUACGAGUCGGCCGCGGCGGGUAUCUACCAAGCAGAGCUGCGUCAAUGCACCAACAAUCUCUUCGAAGCUUUCCACUCCAUACGCUGCGAUGACGCCUCCGAGUGGAAAAAAUUCAAUGAGGCCUUUGCUCACAUUCUCAGGGAGUAUAAUAAAGUGAUUGACGAAGAGAUAAAGUUCUGCAGAGCGUUUUUUGGCCUCCACGUGUCGAGCGAGAGUUCUGAUAAAUAUCUGAGACAACUGUUGCGGGGGAUCCUCUUUAAAGAAAUAGAAACCAACUUGAACACCAUAUUAGAAUUCGGGAGCGCGAGAGACCAGAUGAUAUGUAUCCAAAUGGAACGAGUCGUGCAUGAGAUCAUGGAAAAGGACAAGCUCAGCCAGCAAAACUUUUUUUCAGAGCAGCUGGCAAAGUUUAAAGUUGCAUUGAAGCACGAGUUUGACCGAGUGGUAUUAGAAAAGACUGCCGAAAUACCCCAAAGGGGCGCAAGAAAAGACCCAAAGCGCAAGGAUAACGUCUUCUCCUUUUGUUUACAGUUCGAGCCUUUUUUGCUUCGCGUCAAAAAGGCCCUGGAAAAGGCGUCCUCGAUAACCGGCGAGUGCAGUACGGCAUUCGUGAAAGAGCCUGUCGUAACGUACUGUCGCGCAGUAUUUGACGCCGUUGAACGCUGCGCGCAGGAAAUCAAAUCCAAGGAGGUGUGUUUGUUUGAAAACUACUACCAUCUCUGGUCUUCUCUAACGACCGUCAAGCUGGAAUUCAUAGAAAACUUCCGCACAGAGGCCCAAGCAAAAUACAAACAGCAUAUUCAGCUUUACAUCACUAUGAUAUUAGAAAUGCCCAUGGAAAAAGUUGGUAAAUUCAUGGCGGGCAUCAAGCGUAGUCUCGACAUGGGCGUUUCGGAGACUGAAAUUGUUUUUCAAACGGAAUACAGCAAACAAAACCUGAAAAAGCUCGUUGAGUCCUACCCGUCUUCAUUGGUUAAAAAACAACUCGCCACUGUAUAUAAAAAGGUUGAGCGAGACUUCAACGCGGAAAGCAGUUUGUUCCAUAUGGUGUGGCGGCUUCUCUUCGACGAAUUGGUCCAGCAGUUCAAGUUCUACCGGUCUACCAUAGAAAGAUGCUAUCAAGGGCUGGGAGUGGACUUCGAUUUCGGGAUCGAGGACUUGUACAGAAUGCUCGGCGAGGUGGGAAAGUAAAAAUAAAAUG